GUCGGUGAAUUUCAAUAAAGUUUCACAAAAAAACCGAAGAUAAAGUUGUGACUCUAUAUAAACGGACAAAAUCAGCUCUGCUGUUCAUAUAAUUGUCUUCGAAUUCCAUUACUCUUAUCGAGAAGCCAGACUGUUUUCUAUUAAAAAAAAAAAAAUGAAAAAGGGAAAGGUGAAGAAUUGGAAGUUUGCUAGUGUAUGAUCUUUUCCUGCUUGUGUACAUUUGAGGAGGAGAAGAAGCUGAGCUUGAACCUGAACCGUCUUCAAUGGCUGUUGUUGGGUACGUAGAGAUACUAGUAGCGGCUCUGUGCUUCCUCCUAGUCCGCCAUUGGAGGCUGCACAGGAACACAGUAAUCACAGUGUGGCCAGUUGUUGGGAUGCUUCCAGAUAUCCUUAGAAAUGUCCCUCGCAUGCAUGAAUAUAUAGACGAGGUUAUCAAAAGAGGUGGUGGAACGAUUGAGAUCAAAGGCCCUUGGUUGACCAACUUGGAUUUCCUCGGAACAAAUGAUCCUUUGAAUGUGCGCCACAUCUUCAACCAAAGCUUCGAAAAAUAUCCCAAGGGACCUGAAUUCAAGAUCAUUUUCGAACCUCUAGGAGAUGGGAUUUUCAAUUCUGAUUCCGAUUUGUGGAAAGAUCAAAGAAAAAUGUUCCAAUUAUUGACCGGGCAGACAAAGUUUGUUACAUAUAUGGAGAAAACCAUCCAGCGAAAGGUGAUCAAUGGCCUCUUACCGGUUCUUGACCACGUCUCCACUACACAAAUCCAGGUUGACUUACAAGAUGUGUUCCAGCGCCUCACUUUUGACAAUAUAUGCUUGUUGGUAUUAGGCUUUGAUCCUCUUUGUCUCUCUAUUGAUUUCCCUAAAGUUGAACAUGAAAAGGCUUUAGAUGAGAUCGAAGAGAUUUUCUUUCACCGUCACGUUAUACCGGAGAUUUGGUGGAAGUUGCAGAAGUGGCUUCAAAUUGGAAAAGAGAAAAACCUACCAAGAGCAGUGAAAGUUCUAGACGACUUUAUAUAUAAAUGCAUCUCUUUGAAACGACGGGAAAUUACAAGCCGAAACUCCAGAAUAAAAGAAGAAACCGAUUUUGACUUGCUCACAAGUUAUAUAGAGGAAGAAGAGAAGCAAAAACAAAUGGGUUGCUUUACGGAUUCCGACAAGUUUCUGAGAGACACCGCAUUGAAUCUCAUGGUAGCAGGCAGAGACACCAUUGGUGCUACUCUCACAUGGUUUUUCUGGCUUGUUUCAAAGCAUCCAUGCGUGGAAACUAAAAUUCUUGAAGAAAUGAAAGAGAAACUACAAGUCGUGAAACAUGAAGAUGAUGAUCAUAUUAUUAGUUUGGGUGCGGAGGAGGUGAGAAAAUUGGUUUAUCUACAUGCAGCUUUGUGUGAGACACUCAGAUUAUAUCCACCUGUACCAAUCAAUCACAAAUGCCCAACUCAAGCAGAUACUCUUCCAAGUGGUCACCAUAUUAAGGCAAACCAGAGGAUUCUGUUUUCAUUUUAUUCCAUGGGUAGGAGAGAAGAAAUAUGGGGUAAAGAUUGCUCGGAAUUCAAGCCAGAAAGAUGGAUUUCUGAUGAUGGAGGAAUAGUAUACGUACCAUCUUACAAGUUUACAGCGUUUAAUACAGGUCCAAGGACUUGUUUGGGCAAAGACAUGGGUUUUAUUCAGAUGAAAAUGAUUGCAGCCUCUAUAUUGUGGAAUUACCAAGUCAAAGCAGUGGAAGAGCAUCCAGUUAUCCCAAAUACAUCAAUUAUACUUUACAUGCAACAUGGUCUCAAGGUCAGGGUUUCCAAAAGAUGUGCUGCAGUAGGCAGCCAGAUUAAAGGGUAACUUUUUUAUUUUUUGUUUUGGUACUAAUUAUUACUGGUUGAAUGGUUCAGUUUCUUUGCUCAGCAUGAUGUGUCUCUCUCUUUCUGUAAGUUAAUGUAAUUUAUUGUAUUUUAUUUUGCAGUGUGUAAUGUAUUGUAUUUUUAUAAGAGAUUAUAACGAUGUUUCUGAAGUA